AUGGAAAACUUCACAUCAGCUCCAUUGGAGAACAAUACUUUACCGACAUGGGUGGACCACAGCAUUCAGUACAAAGUGAUAAGCAGUUGUCUGCUCUUCAUGAUUUGUGCUCUAGGAAUUGUUGGCAAUGUUAUGGUGAUCCUGGUGGUGCUCACUACCAAACACAUGAGGACUCCCACCAACUGCUACCUGGUGAGUCUGGCUGUGGCUGACCUGAUGGUGCUCACAACGGCUGGUUUGCCAGCUAUUCCGGAAAGUAUCUUUGUAUCUUGGGUGUUUGGCCGCUAUGGGUGCCUCUGCAUCACCUACUUUCAGUACCUCGGGAUCAACGCCUCCUCUUGCUCCAUAACAGCUUUCACUAUCGAGAGAUACAUCGCCAUCUGCCACCCGAUUAAAGCCCAGUUUCUGUGCACGCUUUCCAGAGCAAAAAAGAUCAUUUUGUUCGUCUGGGCUUUCACUUCCAUUUACUGCUUGAUGUGGUUUUACCUGUCAAACAUCCAGGAAACGGUGUACAAAAACAUCACUAUCGUCACCUGCGCCUACAGAGUUGCCAGGAAGUUUUAUUUACCCAUUUACUUUUUUGAUUUCGGCGUCUUUUUCGUGCUGCCGCUGCUGCUCUCCGCGGUUCUGUACGGCCUCAUCGCCAGGAUCCUCUUCCUCAACCCGCUGCCCUCCGACCCUAAAGACAAGAAGAAGAACGGACACAACAACCACGCCAUCAACAAGAGCACCAGUUGUAAAAACUCUCGACACUCCAGCUCCACCGCGACCUCCCGCAGACAGGUGACGAAGAUGCUGGCAGUGGUGGUAAUCCUCUUCGCCCUGCUCUGGAUGCCGUACCGCACUCUGGUGGUGGUCAACUCCUUCCUGGACAAGGCCUACUUGGACACCUGGUUCGUACUUUUCUGCAAAAUCUGCAUCUACCUCAACAGCGCCAUCAACCCAGUCAUCUACAAUGCCAUGUCUCAAAAGUUUCGUGCCGCUUUCCGCAAGAUCUGCCGCUGUGGGAGGAAAGGCUUGGAUAAACCCGCCACCUACAGCGUGGCCCUCACCUACAGCGCUGUCAAGGAUACAUCAAUGGUGGAAAGCACUGAUCACUUCACGACCGAGCUGGAGGAGCUCACUGUCACUGACGAACUGCUGUCUGAUCAGAAAAUGAUGUUUCCAGACCCCUGUGUCUACGGAAAGGUGAACUUCAGUGACAAGUGAGGUUUUCUUUGAGGCCAGAGAGAUUUUUUUUGGGGGGGAGAGGGUCAAUUGAGAAUUAAAGACUUUGAAAAUGUUGCUUAAUGGAGUCUGUCAAGUGGAAGUAUUGUUUUCUGAGUGCUUGCUUACCUUUCAAAGCGAGGCUGCUGAAGCUAGAGAUGUAAACACAGAUUGCAGCCAGUGAUGCGUAACAGCAGGCUUUGGAGCGCAAAGCCAAACAUACUCUUCAUGAGGCGUGAUCCCGGACAUUGUAAAGCCACCAACACUGACAGAUAAGCACUCUCAUCACUCAGCUGUUAUCUUAUCUUUUCCACAUAAUAUCAGGUAUAUGAGUCAA